CUCAAACCUCGGUAUCUUCACUUGCUCGCUCUGGAAUUACAGCUAUUUAUUACAAAGCACUCUGUGUGGCUUAGUGGAGUGUGUCUGAGGAAACACAUCCCGGACACCAUUUAGGGUUAGUCUUUCUGAGCUCUUCACAUCUCUGACUAAUUAUCAUCAUUACCAUGGAGCCCAACAGUCCCAAAAAGAUACAAUUUGCCGUGCCUGUAUUCCAGAGUCAGAUUGCACCUGAAGCAGCAGAGCAGAUCAGGAAAAGAAGACCUACGCCAGCAUCACUUGUGAUUCUCAAUGAGCAUAACCCCCCAGAAAUAGAUGACAAGAAGGUGCCCAACACACAAGAGGAAUUACAGAAUGCAUCCCCUAAGCAAAGGAAGCAGAGUGUGUACACACCACCCACCAUAAAAGGGAUUAAGCAUCUGAAAGGCCAGAAUGAAUCAGCAUUCCCUGAAGAAGAAGAAGGCACCAAUGAAAGAGAGGAGCAGCGGGACCAUUAAUUACUGGACUGCGGCAAGAAGGCUUCUUGGAAAUAACUGAACUAUUAACUUUUCUGAGUAUACCAUGGAAUUCAACUGCUUGACUUCUGGAAGCAUCUUCCAUCUCUGCACCCCACACUCAUACAGUAGCUAUGCACAUCCUGGAAGUCUCCUUGACUGAACUUUAGAACUAAGUACACAUUGUUCCACAUCACUUACAAUUAAAGAAUAAGCAUUUAUUUUACAGUGAUUCUUCUUUUUAACUAUGUAAAAAUUUGCAGACAUGUGACUAUUCUAACUUUAAUACUGCCAGAGCUUAAUCCUUGAUGUCCUACUGAUAAGGUUUGCAUUCUAACAACACAUGUAAAUAACAUCACUUUAAGAGUAAAAAAUAAAUAUUAAACACAUUUAGA